AUGGAAGAUGGGUCAACUUUUUUGUCUUUGGAUUUGUUCUGGAAGGGUUCUUGAAAACUAAAAUAUUCAACACAUAUAUUAGUAUCUUAAUGUGUGCCUUUGAAACACGCAGCUGGUGUGCGUUUGUGUUCACACCUUCCAACUGUUUGUCUUAAUUCCCCUGUGAGAUUUUUCCCUAGUUUCCUCAUCAUCGUCUCUCUAUCUGGUCUUUUGCCGGCGAAAUUGCAAAAGGAGCGUGAUUAAAAUCAAAAGGAAAAAGAAGAAGAGCGAGAACGUCAGAGAUUUGUUACAAAAUGGGUUCUUGUUUCAGUGUUCGAUUGAAAAUUGAAAGUUCUCGUCUUGAUGGUAAGGUUACAUCUGCUUCGGUACCCCCCAGCCCUCGGAGCCCUAGGAGCCAGGCUCAGAUUUUGCAGCAGUCAGCAAAUUUGAAGUCCUUUAGUUUUAAUGUACUUAAAACAGCUACCAGGAAUUUCCGUCCUGAUAGUGUGUUGGGAGAAGGUGGCUUUGGUUCAGUUUUCAAAGGGUGGAUCGAUGAACAAUCACUUGCAGCUGCCAAGCCGGGUACUGGCACUGUCAUUGCUGUAAAGAGGUUAAACCAUGAAGGCAUUCAAGGUCAUCAAGAAUGGUUGGCAGAGAUAAAUUAUUUAGGGCAGCUAUAUCAUCAAAAUCUUGUAAAGUUAAUCGGUUAUUGCCUAGAGGAUGACCACAGACUCCUAGUGUACGAGUUCAUGCCUCGAGGCAGCUUGGAAAACCAUCUUUUCAGGAGAAGUUCUUACUUUCAACCUCUUUCUUGGAACCUACGUAUAAAAGUUGCUCUUGGUGCUGCAAAGGGACUUGCAUACUUACAUAGUCCUGAAGCUAAAGUGAUAUAUCGUGAUUUUAAGUCCUCCAAUAUAUUGAUCGAUUCAAACUAUAAUGCAAAACUUUCUGAUUUUGGGUUGGCGAAGGAUGGGCCGGUCGAUGGUAAAAGCCAUGUGUCUACAAGGGUUAUGGGUACCCAUGGCUAUGCAGCUCCUGAAUACAUGGCCACAGGUCACUUGACUGCAAGAAGCGACAUAUACAGUUUUGGGGUGGUUCUCCUUGAGCUCUUGACAGGGAGACGAAGCAUCGACAAGAACCGUCCAUCUGGUGAGCAAAUACUAGUUGUGUUUGCUAAACCUUACUUGACCAGCAAACGUAAGAUCCUCCACAUCAUGGACCCACGUAUCGAAGGCCAAUACUCUUCUGCUGCUGCAACCCGAGCAGCCAUACUUGCAAUGAAGUGUCUGAUGAAAGAACCCCCGCACAGACCGACUGCUGAUGAGGUCGUAAAAGCAUUGGAACAGCUUCAAGAGUUGCAGAAAGCCUCAGAAAGUCUUAGAACGGAGUCCGUUCAGAAAGACAAAGACAACGAGAAUGACAACAAAGUGGUUUCGUAUCCGAGGCCGUUGGCUUCUUCUAGUGGUGGGGUGUGAAAGAAAGAGAUGGUAAAUUUGUCCAUGGGAUGGUAAUAGAUUUGAAAGAGAAGAAACAAAUGGUCCAAAGGUGGGGAUGAUAUCGGUGUACAGUUUUGAGUUUGACUCGAAUACAUGCAUUCGAAUUUGGGCCAUUGAUGUUCGAUGAUAUUCAUAUCAUAUGUGAUUCUGGUUCUUAUUUAUUUAAUGCUAGGGGAUUUACGAAAAAUGUAGAAUGAUUUUAAAUCAUAUAGUGUUGGAAUAUUUCGAAUUGAAA